AUGAAAUUUUCAAUUAUUCAUAAUGUAGAAAAAAAAAUUUUUCUUUUUCUUUUUUUUUUCUAUUAUUUUUUAUUAUAUAAUGAAAUAAAUUGUUCAAGAAAACCUAAGCUAAAAAAUUCCAAUUUUUUUAACAUAUAUAGUGUAGUUAGCAAAGAUUUGAAAUUAAAAAAUAAAAAUGAAUAUACAAAAACAAUAAAUGAAGGAAUAAAAAUAUAUGAGGAAGUUAAUAAAAAAACAAAGGUAUAUUUUUUACCUCUUAUUUUAAAGAACAAUAAUAAAAGAAUAGAAAGAACUUUUAUUGAAAAAAAUGAAGAAAAAAAUCAAUCAGAAAAUAUCAAAUUUGAUAAGGGAAAUAACGAAAAUAGUAAUACAACAAUAAAUGAAAGUUCUUUUGAAUAUUUAGAAAAUAAUUUAACAUACUUAAAAGAUAAAAUGAAAAUUUUCUGUCAGUAUAUUAAUGAAUGUGAUUUUAUUUUAAUACCAAUUAGUUAUAAUGAUGUUUUAAAUAAGCAUUUAUUUGAUAUUAGCUCAUUUAACAAUCUUAUAAAUGCAUUAGAUUAUAUAUUUUAUUUAGAACAAGAAAAGAAUGAUUUUAAUUUAAUAUUUAUUAUAUACAAUUAUGGUGAUUCUGAAUAUGAUGAUAAAUUUAUUAAAAAGGAAAAGACAGAGAUUAUGAAUAUCAUCAAAAUGUUUUUAAAAUGUCAUUGGGAAGAAAAGUAUGAUAAAUAUAUUAAAAUAAAUUUUCGUUUUGAAAAUGAUAAUACGCUUGAUAUUCAAAAAAUAAGCACAGAAAUUAAUAAAAAGCAUUAUAAAAGAAGAAAAAGAAAUGAAAAAAUUCAUUCUAGUAAAGAAGAAAAUGUAUUUUUUGAAAAUUAUAAACCUGAUACUUUGAAAAAUUUAUAUAAUGAAAAUUAUUUUUUAUAUAAUUUUUUUUCUAAUUUUAAAUUAAAUAUAUUACAAGAAUAUUUAAAGAUAACAAAAGAUGUUAGAAUCAACAAUUUAGAUAUAGACCUUAAAAAAAUAAAUAUAAAAAGAAUAAUUAAAGAUGUAGAAAACAUACUAAAUCAAUUUACAAGUUUUCAAUUAAAUGAAAAUUCAGAAUAUCACAAAAAUUCAGAAAAAAUAAAAAAUAGGCAAUAUUCUUAUUUAGUACAUAUUAUUUUAACAGAUUUAUUAGAAAAGUAUGAUUAUAACUUAGAAAAAAUUAAAAAUGAUUUAUAUCAAUUAUUUAAAGAAAAUAUUAGAAAAAUUAAAAUUACAUCGAAUAUAAUGCAUGAACUUAAAAGAGAAAUAAAUUAUGUUGACAAAUUGUUUGAGUUUUAUAAUUCAAAAAUUUCUUUUUUAGAUUAUUUUAAAAAAAAAAAUAAAGAUUUUGAACAAAAGGCAUAUUACAUAUAUUAUUAUAACAAAGUGAAAUUUCUUCAAUUAUUAAAUGAAACAACUAAUGAAAUAAUAAAUUAUUAUAUAUCUAAAGGAUUAUAUGUCAGAAAUUAUGAUUUUAAUUCCUUAAUGCUUUUAAAAAAAUAUUCUUUUUUUAAUUAUAUAAUUUAUUACAUUACUAAUCUUUUAAAGAAUAAAGUUAAUUUUACUUUUAAUUAUUUAUCUCCUAAUGCUUUUGGAUUUUCUUCAUAUAAGGAUGAUAUAUCAUUAUCACCAAAAAAAGACAUCAUGGUGACAACAAGUGAAAUAGAUCAAUUAGAAAAAAUAAGUAUUCCUCAUAGUGAAUAUUCAAAAAUAUUAAUGUUGCUUGAUAAAAAUAAGAGAUAA